CUUUUUCUCUUUUUUUUUUGCUUUCUUUUUGUUUAUUGUUUUUCUUUUUAAUCUCAGAGCCAGGGAGGAGACAUUAUUCUCCCUACUACCUUCCCCUCAACUGAACCUUUAACAACCUCAACUCCCGAUGGUUGUUUGCUUUCUCCUACUCUUCUUGCUUUCUUUUUUUCAUCUGAAAACAAAGAAAGAAGAGAAAAGAAAUCAGUCCUGAAUAGAAAGCUCUCUAUGGGCUGUGUCCUAAGCAAGUGGCGCUGCCGCCGCCGCCAGCCCUCCUCCGCCGGCGGCGGCGGCGGCGCCUUCUGCGACGGCGACCACAUCCACCGCCUCCGCCACUUCCCGGGCUCCGCCGCCAUCCCCUCCCACCACCUCUUCCUCGAGUUCGCCUCCCUCUCCCAGCGCGGGCACUACCCCGAGUUCCCCGACCGCGAGAACCAGGACGUCCUCUGCAUCAAGACCGAGCUUCAAGGGAAUCCAAACCUCCACCUCUUCGCCGUCUUCGACGGACACGGCCAGUUCGGGGCCCAGUGUGCCGCCUUCGCCCGCGACCGCCUCGUCGAACACCUCUCCGGCGAUACGCGCCUCCUUGACGACCCUGUCAAAUCCUUCAAUUCCGCGUUCCUCGCCGCCAAUGCCGAGCUCCACGACAGCGAGAUCGACGACUCCAUGAGCGGCACCACGGCGAUCGCCGUUCUUGUCUGCGGGGACUCGCUCGUCGUCGCGAACGUCGGCGACUCGAGGGCCGUCGCCGGCAUCUUUAAUGGGGGUCUGUUCGUGGCCGAGAACUUGUCUUGUGAUCAGACGCCGUUCCGGAAGGAUGAGUAUGAGAGGGUGCGGCAGUGUGGGGCGAGGGUGCUCAGUGUCGACCAGGUGGAGGGCACAAGGGAUCCGGACAUCCAGAGCUGGGGGGAUGAGGAGAGCAAUGAUGGGGACCCGCCAAGGCUGUGGGUGCAGCACGGGAUGUACCCGGGAACGGCCUUCACGAGGAGCGUCGGCGACUUGACGGCGGAGAGUAUUGGUGUCAUCGCCGUGCCGGAGGUCAUGACGGUGAAGAUCACGCCGAACCAUCUCUUCUUCGUUGUCGCGAGUGACGGGGUGUUCGAGUUCCUCUCGAGUCAGGCAGUGGUGGAUAUGGUGUGCAGACACAAAGAUCUCCAGGAUGCCUGCUCAGCAAUUGCUGCAGAAUCUUACAGGAUGUGGUUGGAGCACGAAGAUCGGACUGAUGAUAUAACAAUUAUUGUUGUUCUCAUCUUUGGUCAUUGAUAUAUCCUGACUGGCUGACUGAAGUGGCUCGGUAUUCAUCCUUACUUCCAGUGAUAGGUUCAUCGGCAAUGGCAUGGAGAGAAUAAUUCUAUUCCUUGUCAUCUUCUAAUUUUCAGAAUCCAUAACAAAGGAGCUUGGUUGCAUCAUAUUGGCCACAUUUUCAGUAUCUCAGCUUCUAGGCCACCUGUAUAUAACUAAAUGGCUGUUCCAAUAUGUGAGUAAAGCGGUGCUGAUUUGAGAAAAGAUGAUGACUGCUGACCUUUCCAAGACUUUUGAGUGGCAUACUUCAUGGUUGCAGAAGGCAUAGAGCAUGGAACAACAUUUUCAGGAGAAGUUUCCUCCAAUAAUAAUGAUGAUGAUGAUGAUGAUGAUGAUGAUGAUGAUAAAGCAUCUCCAGGAAAUGCAUUGACAGACCCAUGUGAUUUCUUAAUGUUUUGAAGAAAUGUUAUUUGAUUUGUUCAACGAAUCUGACCAGAAGUGAGAUUGGCCUUUGUGCACAAUGCUAGCAAGAUUGGUCAUGUGAAACAUGCUUGAAAAAUGCUAAAGAGAGGCAUAUCUCUACCUUUGAAAA